GACGCGCGGGUUCCUGUAGCUCGGGCGCGUUAACGGGUGCUAACGGGUGAGAGCGCGGAUUUGCCAGUCUGAUCAUGGAAAUAGAAUGUUCAGAGCGGGCCGUGUUUCUUGAAGAUCAAGCUUCAGCGUAGCGGAAAAAGCGCGCCUCCGGGGGGCGUCCGAAUUUUCGUCGCGGGUCGAGCGACAGAGCGACUGAUUUCGAUUCGAUCGAGCCCGAAUUUCGUGCCCUGUCUGCACUGUCAUCGACUCUGCCAUCAUUCUUCCCCUGCUGCGUCGUCGUCGUCGCGUGAACUCCGAAGCGUUUCUCUGUUUUUGCGAGCACGAAGAAGAAUUGCGUGAGCGAAAUUUCGGAUUUGUUCGAUCUUGUCGGGCGAGAGGGGUCGGGUUCGAUCGAGUUCAGAUCUCCCGGAAAGCGUUAGAUGAGAGAGAGGCGAGCGGUUUGAGAGCUUGCUCGAGGUCGCGUUUUCUGGCUGGGGCUCUGGGACUGUCGAGGUGAAGGAAGGCAAAGCUGCGGAGUGCUGUGUCGUCGGGCCCUUUGAAAGUUGAGGACGCAACGAGAUGGAGAGGGUUCCUAAGAGCCAGGAAGACAUCGGAGUGGAGUCGUCCACUCUCGGUACGUUUAUGCUGAGUUUGGACGAUCCCAUUAUGGAAGAGGGAGAACAGUCUGAGGACACCAGUACCGGCGAGAGAUCUGUAUUUGCGCCGUCAUCCAUACCUCCGCGACCAUUUCGAGAACCAGCAACGAGCAAGUAUGCCCCUCUACCGUGGGAAGGACACUUUGAUCAAGAGCAAAAUAUCACAAUUCCAGCCACUGGCGAGGUAUUUCAUGUGUAUGUGGCGGGAUCCCAGGGUCCCGUAGUAUUCUGUCUUCAUGGUGGGGGCUACUCCGGGCUGUCGUUCGCUUUGGCGGCAGGAAAGAUGAAGGAUAAAGUACGAGUUGUGGCAAUGGAUAUGCGAGGCCAUGGUCAAACUCGCACUAACAAUGAUGCCGACUUAUCUGCAGAGACCUUGUGCUCGGACGUCGUCAGUGUGAUAAACACGAUGUUUAGUCAAGCUCCACCAGCUAUCAUCCUCAUCGGCCACAGCAUGGGAGGAGCCAUAGCUGUAAGAGUAGCAGCACAAAGAGUACUUGCUACACUUGCUGGUGUAGUGGUUGUCGAUGUUGUUGAGGGAACAGCAAUGGCGUCUCUAAUGCACAUGCAAAAAAUCUUAUCAAGUCGCCAAAUGCACUUCCAGUCACCUGAUCAAGCCAUUAUAUGGAGUGUAAAAGGUGGAGGUGCGUUAAGGAAUAUCGAGUCAGCUCGAAUCUCAGUUCCUUCCACAUUAAUGUUUGACAACGAGAAACAAUGCUAUGUUUGGCGAACGCCUUUGCAAGACAGUGAGGCCUAUUGGAGAGGCUGGUAUGAGGGUUUGUCAGAAGCAUUUUUGUCAUGUCCAGUCGCGAAACUCCUUUUGUUGGCAGGGACGGACAGACUUGACAGAUCAUUGACCAUAGGUCAAAUGCAGGGAAAGUUCCAAAUGAUUGUCGUUCGUCAUUCUGGCCAUGCUAUUCAGGAAGAUGAGCCGGACGAGUUUACAGCCGCCGUUUUGAGCUUCAUCGCUCGAAACCGGAUUGGCACUUACGGGAUGGAGAUUCCCGGACUUCGCCGACCGAUUCAACUGAGAUCCAGUAACUGACGAACGACGAAUUUUGAUUCAAGCCUUGCAGAAAUUUUGUUAUCACGACUCACUCUUCACAUUUGCACAUUUUUGUGUGGAUAGCAUUUUCUGACUGCAGUUCAUGUACUGCAGUCAAAGUGACUGUGAUCCCCGGAAGGUGGUAGAGCCCCCCAGCCAUACUUUCAGUGUCGAUGCACGAGAUAGUCUGCUGAUAUUUUGGUCACCUCCUUGAGUCCCAGAUGAGCAUCCGACGAUCACAUGUGUCCCUGUGUAAGUUCAAUGAGACGGCGAAGAUGAAACAGCCACUUGUCAGAUGCUACAACCGUUAUUUUCUGUACUCAACGCACCAAUGUGCUUCAUAGUCACGUCAUCGGAACUCCGAAUAGCAUUAGUGUUGAAACUUGUGAAAACGAAACUGGUACAAGCUAAUAUUGUACGUCAUUGGAAAUGUACGUUUGCGAACGGUGUGUAUGAAAGUAUAUGAACGACAUUGUAUGAAAGUCGCUGUACAUUCAUCGAU